AUGGCAGCCACCGACAUGAAGCGCUCCAUCGCCCACCAGACCAGCUUUGCACUCCGCCUCGCCUCUCACAUAUCCUCCCCCUCUAACGCCGACGGCAACACUGCCCUCUCUCCGCUCUCCCUCCACGUCGUGCUCAGCUUCCUCGCUGCCGGCGCUGGUGGCGACACCCGCGACCAGCUCGCCGCCAUACUUGGAGCAGCGGGUGCAGGCGAGGCCGAGAUCCUCCACGCGCUCGCCGAGCAUGUGGUGCAGCUCGUGCUUGCCGACGCUUCCGGAGCAGGCGGCCCGCGCGUCGCCUUUGCCAACGGCGUCUUCGUCGACGCUUCGCUGCCGCUCAAGCCGGUCUUCAAGGAGAUCGCUUUGGGGAGGUACAAAGCGGAAACAUACUCCGUCGACUUCCAAACAAAGGCUGCUAUGGUUGCUGGUCAAGUGAACUCGUGGGUAGGUAAAGUAACUUCAGGUCUCAUUAAAGAGAUCUUGCCCGCCGGCUCUGUCGACAAUGACACUAAACUGGUUCUUGCUAAUGCCCUGUAUUUCAAAGGAGGUUGGACUGAGAGGUUUGAUGCAUCCGAGACAAAAGAUGAAAUGUUCUACCUUCUUGGAAGGAGCUCUGUAAAAGCACCAUUCAUGUCUAGUGCAAAAAGGCAGUACAUCUCAUCUUGCAACAACUUCAAGGUGCUUAAGCUUCCUUACCAGCAAGGUGGGGACAAGAGGCAGUUCUCCAUGUAUAUACUUCUUCCAGAAGCACGAGAUGGUAUCUGGAGCUUGGUUACAAAUUUAACCUCCGAGCCAGGGUUCCUAGAGAAUCAUAUCCCAAAGGGAAAGGUUCCAGUCGGCCACUUCAAACUCCCAAAGUUCAAGAUAUCAUUUGAAUUUGAAGCAUCGAAAUUGCUCAAAGGUUGGGGGCUACAGCUUCCAUUUAGCGCGGCAGCAGAUCUUUCUGAAAUGGCGGAUUCACCGUUGUGUGUUUCAUCAAUUUUCCACAAGUCUUUUGUUGAAGUGAAUGAAGAAGGAACCGAGGCUGCAGCGGCAAGUGCUGCAGUGGUCAUGUGUAAGUCCCUGCCUGUAGAGGACUUGCUCUUGCCGGUGGAUUUUGUCGCGGAUCACCCUUUCAUCUUUCUGAUCCGAGAAGACGUGAGUGGUGUGGUGUUGUUCACCGGUCAUGUUCUCAAUCCUGUAAUUGCAGCAUAG